AUAAUGAUCCUAAUAUUGUAAUAGAGAUGGAGCCUUUACAAGAAAAUCAGGAUGGGUUAGAAAAUGAUAAUGAUCCUAAUAAUGUAAUAGAUAUGGAACCUUUACAAGAAAAUCAGGAUGGAUUAGAAAAUGAUAAUGAUCCUAAUAAUGUAAUAGAUAUGGAACCUUUACAAGAAAAUCAGGAUGGGUUAGAAAAUGAUAAGUUCUCUGAACUGAGUGAUGACGAGGUGUCGGUGUUAUUCUGUUUUCUGUGUUCUGACUCCGGUCCUCCUGACUUCACUGACACAGAGUGGCUGGAGUUGCUUAAUGAUAUACGACAGGAAGUGUACCGUAAAUAUAAUCCUGUAACACGUGAGAAAGCACAGCAGACUCUGGACAGACUGAAGUCACGUGAUUGUCUUUUGGAUGAUCAGGACAAGAUAACGGAGGACACAAGGGAUGAGACAAUGUAUAGGAUAGCAUCAAUAAACUUUAAUAUACCAUUCAUUUACGGUAGUUGUGACACAGCCAGUGUGUACCUGAGAUCAUUUGGCUACAACAAAAAACCUGGAGAGAAGUGUGUCACUAGUAGUGACAGUAUCUGUUCUCCCUUACUGAUACUCCGUCUACAGAUGAACAUACUGAGUCACGUCACCAUGGAGGACACGAGUAUAUAUGAUGACAUAUACCAGAUAUAUAAAAGAAAAAAAAUUCUAACGGAUCUAAGACAGAAAGAAGAGGCUUUAUAUUACAGAAGACGAUCACAGGACAGUGUAGAUCACGUGACGUGGCUCUGGAGACACGGGGAAUACAAUAGACCUGACAUCGUGAGAUCCUGUAUAGGUCUACUUCCACACAACGACAUUUAUAUCAUCGACAACAAACCUUACAGAAAACCAAAUACAUGCCAUAACUAUUCACCAGAAGUAAGAUGUCUACUGUACUGCUUACUGUUAACUGAGAAAUAUCAGCUGAAUCUCAAUGAACAAUCUCACAGAACCAUGAGGGACAAAAUCAGACAGAGAUAUUUCCCUGAUAUUACUGAAGAAGACUUGGUAGAUCUUCCUGAUGGAAUCACAGAAACACAUAACUGUGUGAUAACGUUUGUAUCAGACGACAUCCGACAUGACGUCAUGUACGCUUUUGUUACGGAGUGUCUGAUGGAGGACAGUGAUCUGGAGUUUUUCCUGAUCACGGCGUCACGUGACGUGAUCUCAGAAUACUGCCGGUCCUGGGAUUAUAAGAGGAGUGAGGGAGAGAGAUGUCUGUAUGUACCACGCUAUCCGGUGAAGAUGUACGACCUUUUCAUAGACAAACUAAAGCUGGAUAUCAUCACACACUGUACCGUGUCUGACAGGAGUAUUCAUAAGAGAAUCAGUAUAUGUUUAAACAUACCAGAGGAAAUUUUGAAAUGGGAUUUGAGUGCCAGAGAAAGAUUUGUAGAGAGUUCCCGCCAUGGAAGAGUAGAAAUGUUCCGUGCACGAGGUAUGAUUGUGGGAUGCGCAGGCGCAG